GCGCGUAAAUUACUAUUUACAUACAUAGUUCUUCGAUGCAGACAAAAAACCCGUCAAUCACGAAAAACCCGUGAUUGAAGCUACGGAUGGACUCAACGUUUUGGGCAUAAUCGUAUUUUGCAUUGCGCUUGGUAUCUCCUUGUCACAGCUGGGAGCCGAGGCUGACGUGAUGAUCCAAUUCUUCGCUAUUAUGGACAAAGUUAUCAUGAAACUUGUUAUGACAGUCAUGUGGUACUCUCCCUUUGGAAUCAUGUGUUUGAUAAUGGGCAAAAUUCUGGAGAUUCAUGACUUGGCAGACACCGCAAGAAUGCUAGCCAUGUACAUGGUCACAGUAAGUUCUUGGCACAUCACAAGCUUUUUGCCCUUCUACAUUUAA